AUGGAAUUGCUACCUGAAGGACAAAGAAACACAGCAACAGAAGUAUCAUGGGAAGAUCAACAGAAAAUAAACAAAUUCUCAACAUUAGUAAACAAAAAGGACAUACAAAUUGCAAAACUAAAUAAUCUAAAGAUUGAAAAAGAAUACCUCGAUGAUUUAUCAGUAGAAUUGGAGUUAUUAGAUGAAGAUGAAAAAAUUCAAUACAAAGUAGGUGAUUGUUUUAUAUUCUUACCUGUUUUUAAAGCGUUGAAAAAAAUUGAGGGAAAUGAUUUGAAAUUAUCUGAAGAAAUUAAUGAAAUUGGAUCACGAAUUGAACAAUAUGAUGAUGAUUUGAAUGAUUUGAAGAAACACCUUUAUGCUAAAUUUGGGAAGAAUAUUAAUCUGGAGAGAUAA